UUUCAUCAUCUUCUUCCUCCUUCACCUUCAAGCUUGCUCGAUUCUGUGCAGAUUUGAAAUGGUUUCAUUCAAGGUCUCUGUCGUCUCCACGUCGCCUAUUGAUGGCCAGAAACCUGGAACUUCUGGACUCCGUAAGAAGGUGAAAGUGUUCAAGCAACCGAAUUACUUAGAAAAUUUUGUUCAGGCGACUUUCAUUGCUCUUACUCCUGAGAAAGUGAAAGGUGCCACACUUGUGGUUUCUGGUGAUGGUCGCUAUUAUUCAGAGCAAGCUAUUCAGAUAAUAGUUAAGAUGGCAGCAGCUAAUGGUGUUAGACGUGUGUGGGUUGGUCAAAACAGUCUGCUAUCAACUCCUGCUGUGUCAGCUAUCAUUCGUGAAAGAGUAGGGGCUGAUGGAUCUAAAGCCACAGGAGCAUUUAUAUUAACAGCAAGUCAUAAUCCUGGUGGCCCAACUGAGGAUUUUGGAAUUAAAUACAACAUGGAAAAUGGUGGACCAGCUCCUGAAUCAAUCACUGAUAAGAUUUACGAGAACACAAAGACAAUCACGGAGUACCCAAUAGCAGAAGACCUACCCAGGGUUGAUAUUUCUACUAUUGGUAUAACCAGCUUUGAGGGACCUGAAGGAAAGUUUGACGUCGAAGUUUUUGAUUCUGCAGAUGACUAUGUUAAACUAAUGAAGUCAAUCUUCGACUUUGAGUCCAUCAAGAAGUUGCUAUCGUCUCCUAAAUUUACGUUCUGCUAUGAUGCAUUGCAUGGAGUGGCUGGAGCCUAUGCACACCGUAUCUUUGUCGAAGAGCUAGGUGCACAAGAAAGUUCAUUGUUGAACUGCGUACCCAAGGAGGACUUUGGAGGAGGUCAUCCUGAUCCCAAUCUUACCUAUGCUAAGGAGCUCGUGGCAAGGAUGGGAUUGAGUCAAACUGAUGAUUCUGGAGUCGAGCCUCCAGAGUUUGGCGCCGCUGCUGAUGGUGAUGCAGACAGAAACAUGAUACUUGGCAAAAGGUUUUUUGUAACUCCUUCGGAUUCUGUUGCCAUAAUUGCUGCAAAUGCUGUAGGAGCCAUACCAUACUUCAGCUCUGGUUUGAAAGGUGUGGCAAGGAGCAUGCCAACCUCAGCUGCCCUUGAUGUCGUUGCAAAAAACUUGGGUUUGAAGUUCUUUGAGGUUCCAACUGGCUGGAAAUUUUUUGGCAAUCUAAUGGAUGCUGGGAUGUGCUCUGUGUGCGGAGAAGAAAGUUUUGGAACCGGUUCGGAUCAUAUCCGUGAGAAAGAUGGGAUCUGGGCAGUUCUUGCUUGGCUGUCAAUUCUGGCUCACAAGAACAAGGAAACCCUUGAUGGGAAUGCGAAUCUGGUGAGAGUUGAAGACAUCGUCCGCCAGCACUGGGCUACUUAUGGCCGUCACUAUUACACUCGAUACGACUAUGAGAACGUAGACGCAGCUGCAGCUAAAGAACUCAUGGGACUCUUAGUUAAGUUGCAAUCUUCACUUCCUGAAGUCAACAAUAUCAUAAAGGGAAUUCACCCAGAGGUAGCAAAUGUUGCAAGCGCAGAUGAAUUCGAGUACAAAGAUCCAGUAGAUGGCUCUGUUUCUAAGCACCAAGGAAUCCGAUACUUGUUUGAGGAUGGAUCACGACUUGUGUUUCGUCUCUCCGGAACCGGCUCAGAAGGAGCGACAAUAAGGCUCUACAUUGAACAGUAUGAGAAGGACGCCUCAAAGAUUAGCCGAGAUUCUCAGGAUGCUCUCGCUCCUCUGGUUGAUGUGGCUUUGAAGCUGUCGAAAAUGCAAGAGUUCACCGGGCGAUCAUCCCCAACCGUCAUUACAUAAGACACAGCUUGCAGACGAUGCCGUCUCUAAUACAAUACUCUCUUAUUCCAACUUCUUCAAUUCUUUUAAAUUUGGGUUCUGCUUUUUCUUGUUAACUACUCGAAUGACACAUGUUAUCUUACAAAAUUAUAAUUUCUAUACAUAUAUGUUAAUGGAAAAUACAAAAA